UGGAUCAAAUAAUUCAGGCGACGAUGAAAGAGGGAGGAAUAUAGAAGAAGGUGGCAGCAGCUUCGGCGGUAACCGGUGGCCGCGGCAAGAGACUUUGGCGCUGUUACGGAUACGCUCCGAUAUGGAAGCUGCCUUUCGAGAGGCAAGUGUUAAGGGUCCUUUGUGGGAACAAGUCUCCAGGAAGAUGGCAGAGCUUGGGUAUCAGAGAAGUUCCAAGAAGUGCAAAGAGAAAUUCGAGAACGUUUAUAAGUACCAUAAGAGAACAAAAGAAGGUCGAACUGGUAAAUCAGAUGGCAAAACUUACCGCUUCUUUGAUCAGUUAGAAGCCCUUGAGAAUCAGUCCCAGACAACACUUGUUCAUCAUCAAUCUCCUAAACCAACGCCAAUGCCUCCGCCUCCGCCUCCGCCUCCACCUCCCCCACCACCACCACCAACAACAACAACACAUGUCACUGUUCCAUCAACAACAAUUAUCCCUUCCUACCAAACACCACCACCACCACAACCAACAAACCCUACUACCUUACUAUUCCCUUCUUCAUCAACGACCACCAUCCCGACCGAUCUCUUGUCCAACUCCACCUCUUCCUCCACCUCCUCCGAUGAAUCAAUGGAAGGAAGGCGGAGGAGGAAGCGCAAGUGGAAGGACUUCUUCCACAGGCUAAUGACGGAGGUCAUCGAGAAGCAGGAGGAUCUUCAGAAGAGGUUCCUCGAAGCCGUGGAGAAGCGAGAGCGUGAUCGCAUGGCCAGGGAGGAAUCUUGGAGGCUACAAGAGAUGCAAAGGAUCAAUAGAGAGAGGGAGAUUCUCGCCCAGGAACGCUCCAUUGCCGCCGCCAAAGACGCCGCCGUCAUGUCAUUCUUGCAGAAGAUAGCCGAACAGCACAAUCUAGGACAAGCAUUGAAUAAUACGAUCAGCAUUGUGCAACCACAGCCACAACCACAACCGCAACCACAAUCACAACCAAAUGCACCACAGAUUCCUCCAUCACCGGUGCAACAGCCUACGCCAGUAACGCAGGUUGCUGUUGCACCGGUUGCCGCUCAGCCUGUGGCGCCGUCAGCACCGACGGUACCACAGCAGCAACAAGUAGUGACAAGUAUGGAAAUCGUGAAAAGUGCUGACAAUAACAAUGGCGAGAAGUCGAUCGGCGGAAGCUCGUCGAGGUGGCCGAAGGUGGAGGUUGAAGCGUUGAUACGGCUGAGGACAAGCAUGGACGCCAAGUACCAAGAAAACGGGCCAAAGGGGCCGUUAUGGGAAGAGAUCUCAUCAUCAAUGAAGAAGCUCGGAUACAACAGAAACGCUAAGAGGUGCAAGGAGAAGUGGGAGAACAUCAACAAAUACUUCAAGAAAGUCAAAGAGAGCAACAAGAAGAGGCCAGAAGAUUCCAAGACUUGUCCCUACUUUCACCAGCUGGACGCUCUCUACAGGGAGAAGAACAAGCUGGAUAUGGCGCCGAAGCCGCAGAGCAUGGUGGCGCCGCUGAUGGUGAGGCCGGAACAGCAGUGGCCUCCUCAGGCCAUGGAAGACGCGGAGAAUGACCCCAUGGAGCGGCACCAUGACGAGGAUGACGAAGAUGAGGAGCAGGAGAAGGAGACUGGAGACGAAGAGGAUGAAGAGGAUGAAGGUGGUGGGAAUGGCAAUGGCGGUAAUAACUAUGAGAUAGUGGGAAGCAAGGCUGCAACAGCUUCAGCUGAGUAGUGACAAUGUAAGGUGCAAAGAGAAAAAAACAGAAGGGGUCCCCAUUCAGAAAAAGAAUAUGCAUGUGUAGUAGCACCUAAAUGAUGGCGUGGGAUGUGUGGGUCAACGAGAGUGCAGGUUUUGUCGGAGAAAAGUGGUCGCUGGUGGUGGCGGCGGUGCCGAUAACGGUGGUUAUUGCGGUUCUUGUGUUUUCAGUGUAUUAAGAAUUUUGAAUAUACAUCGUACGGCACAGAAUGACACAUGGACAGGGUGGUGGGGAACGGUGGUUUCGUACUUUCUUGUAGCAUAUAGUCAGUAAGAUUAUAUGUUCCUUUUUUCUUUAUUUUUCAAUUUUCAUAGACAUUUAUUUAUUUUUUCAGAUAAUAAAUAAGUUGAAAUCAAAGAGGAAUUUAAGAUAGCGAGAGCUUCGGGAUUCAAAAAUCAAAAUAAUUAAUAAACAAGAGACACACCUUCAAUUAAGUAAAGGUUGUACAAAAAAAUAUGUGAAACAAAUAAUAUUUUUAAAUUUUUGUUAUUUUACAGCUUGUUUUUAA